AUGGCACGUGACGUGGCAUGUGACGUGGCAUGUGAUGUGGCAUGUGACAUGGCGUGUGACGUGGCAUGUGAUGUGGCAUGUGACAUGGCAUGUGACGUGGCGGCCUCCAACGUGCCGCUGCUGCGUGAUCAUGGCGGGAACACCACUCGGCCUCUGCAUGUUGCACACGCAAAGGCAGUGCUGGUGGGGUACGGGCCUUUCCCGUGGUCCUUCUACGUCUCGCGCUCGUGGAGUCAGCCCGUCGUCAGGCCGGGCGACGUGCUCGUUUUCAAGUGGGGAUUCUGGCCGCACGGUGUGCGCAGGCUGGCAAGUGGCACGGCGUAUGAGAACUGCGACUUCAGCGGCAGCUCCAAGGUUGCCGCCGUGCGCUUCUUUGGCUACGCCAGGUACACGGUGCAGGCAGCUGAUGCGGCAACGGCGCUCUUCUUCGCGUGCCCGGUGCCCAGCCACUGCGGGCCCGGUGGCAUGAAGGUGCAGGUCAACGUCACGCCCAUGUAG